UUUUCGAAAAUAUUUUCAUAAAAGUAUUCAAUAAAAAAAAUCCAAUAUAUCAAGAAUAACAAAAUAAUCAAUUAAAUCUCCAGAACAUUCAUCGCAAACAAACUGCGAUAGCAACCUAAUAAACAAAUCUCAAGUCAUUCGUUUGACAGUUGCUUUUGUUGAUAGCGAAUGUGAAUCGCGCAAAUUCAUCGGUUCAAAAUUGUAUGUUUUUUUUUGGUGAAUUUUUGGUGUAAUUUUCAUUUAUUAUCGAAUCAAAGGGGAAAAUAAAUUUUGAAACCAUGUCGGAUUUAGAAACACAAGUACAAGCUAUGCAAAAAGUCAAUCAAAUUCGUGAUGCGGUAAAUAGUUUGUAUGCAUGGGAAAAAGACGUAAAAGAACAGGAUGCCAAACGCAACACGGCACCCGAUGAAGAGGCAUUCGAUCAAAGUUAUAUGAUAAGAAGUCAAAAACCACCAGCCUCCGAUGUUGAACCAUCGACAAGUGAUCAAGCAACAUCAACAAAAAAAUCAAACGAGAUACCGGAUCACAGUCAGUUUAAUUAUUAUAAACCGAAAAGUGUUAAGCCGACAUCAAGCGGCGGAGAAACUGAAAAAAAUCCGUUGAAUGAUUCGAAAGCGUCGACAUCAGCAGCACAGACUGAAGCCCCUCGCAAAGGUCAAUUGAAUCACAUUAAUAAAUCGAAUGCUGAAAAAGCCGAUGAGUUCAAGCAACGUGGAAAUGAUCAUGUUAAAACCGGUGAAUACCAAAAGGCCAUACAUUAUUACACAGAAGCAAUUCGAUUGAAUGGCAGUGAAGCUGUUUUUUAUACAAAUCGAGCGUUGUGUUAUUUGAAACGAAACGAAUUCACGGAAUGCAUUCAGGAUUGUACAAAGGCAAUUGAACUGGAUAACCUGGCGGUCAAAGCGUAUUAUCGGCGAGCACAAGCAUAUGAACAAAUGAAAGGUGAUUUGCAAGUGGCAAUUAACGAUUACAAAUGUAUUCUUCUUAUCGAUCCGAAAAAUGCUGAAGCAAAACGUAGCUUAAGUCGACUUGAUGGUAUAUCGAAAGGUAGCAAAAAUAUAGUAACACAACGUGAUUUGAAGGUUGAAUCGGUGGCCAAAAAAAUUGCAUGGACAUCACAGUUUGACGGCAAAGAUGGUUUUGAAAGCAUUGAUUUUGUGACUAAACCACCACACUUACGAUCAAAUCAACCGCUGAAGAGUAUUACAAUCGUUGAUAGCAACGAAAAGACUACAUCGGCACCGGCUAUGAUCGAUUCAAAUCGAAUCGUUGAAUCAACUUCCGAAUCGAAUAUCGAUCAAACAUCGCAAAAGAACAAUAAAUCAAUUGCCAAUACCAAAAAAUCCAAAUCGAACAAAAUGCCGGUCAUCGAAAAAAUUCCACACAUCAUACCAGUUGAUUUGGUGAUACCAAAGAAUUCAGCGCAAUUCUAUAAAACAUGGUCUUCGAUUAAAGAUGAUGCACAAAAAUUUACGGUGCUCAAGGGUAUUUACAAUGCUGACAUCGGUCGAAUUUUGGGCGCUCAAUUUACCUUGAAUAUAUUACGGGAAAUUUUCACGAUUCUCAAAUCAGAAUUUGUUCAUCAAAAUCUUCCAAUAGUCAAUAUUAUGCAUGGCAUUUUCAAAAAUGAUCAGAUGACCAUCAUCUCGGCUAUGAUGAAUGCUGAAGACAAACUAGCGUUCACAAAACUGAUGGAAUAUAUGCGAAACCGUGGAGAGGACGCCCGAAAAAUCAAUGCAAUUGAAAAACAAUUCGAUUUGUUGAUUUCUAUGUAAAACUGAUUUAUUUAGUUAGAACAAUUCCGAGAUUAUGCAAACACUCUCCAAGAGAAUGAAUAAAAUUCAACAAUAAAUGUUAACGCAAAUUA